AUGGAUGAAAGUACUGAUAUAAAUGAUACUGCUCAGUUAGUUUUAUUUAUAAGAGGUAUUAAUGAGAACUUAGAAAUUACCGAGGAACUGGCGUACAUGCGUUCUUUAAAGGGAAAUACAACGGGAUGUGAUAUUUUUCGUGAGUUUCAGGAAGGGCUUUUAACUUUGAAAGUGCCCAUAACAAAAUUAUAUAAUAUUACGAAUGAUGGUGCACCAAAUAUGACAGGAAAAAAAUCUGGAUUCCUUGGACUCUUUAAUCAGAACUAUCCCGGGAAUAAAGUUAUUUUUCUACAUUGUGUUAUACAUCAAGAUGCUCUGUGUAAAUCUGCAUUGAAUAUGAAGCCCGUGCUUGAUGCAGUAGUAAAGCUUGUUAAUACUAUUCGAUCUCGUGGGCUUACUCACAGGCAAUUCCGAGAUUUUCUUCAGUCUGUGCAAUCUGAAUACUCUGAUGUAUUGUAUUACACGAAAGUAAGGUGGCUUAGUGCAGGAUGUGUUUUCGAGCCAGUUUGGCAGCUGAAAGACGACAUCAUGUCGUUCUUCCAUGAGAAACAAUGUUUAGCAGAGUGCGAAAUAUUGGAAGAUACAGAAUGGCUUUCAGACUUUGCAUUUUUCACGGAUCUUCUUUGUCAUAUGAACAACUUGAAUGUUAAGAUGCAAGGGAAAAAUCAAUUCAUUGAUGAUAUCUGGACCCACCUAAAAGCUUUUAAACUGAAGCUCAAUUUGUUUGCUGGGUAG